AUGGAAGCUUCUGUCAAUCCCGUGCUUGAGAGCGCCAAAUUUAUUUCCGAAAACAGUAAAGAUGUUGCGAUCAAUGAAGACAGUAUUAAAGAUAUUGCUAACACGCUCUAUGAGAACAUGAAGAAAGAGAGUUAUUCAAUGGCAACUUGGAAGCAACAUCAAUUGCACCCGAAAACACCUAAUGAACGAGCGAUCGACUGGCAACCGACAUUUAUAGCCUUGGCAGAAAAUGUUCCGGUAACUACUGCAUCAAUCUAUGCUUCGGAUGAGCAGCUGACUGACGAGCAGAUUGGAUAUAUUUUUCGUUCAGAUACUGAGGAGCAAAUUCCUUUAUUACAACAACGAAUCAAAUUAAUGAGAGACGCUGGACGUGUUCUUGUUGAGAAGUUUGAUGGAACAUUCGCCAAUUGCGUGCGAGAAGCCAACAAAUCAGCCAUGAAGCUUUUAGAAAUCAUUACAGAUAAUUUUGUCUCAUUUAGAGACGAAACUGAAUACAAGGGACGGACAGUGAAGUUCUAUAAAAGAGCCCAGAUAUUAAUUGCAGACAUAUGGGCCUGUUUCGAAUCACAAAGUUACGGUGAAUUUCACGAUAUCGAUAAAAUCACAAUGUUUGCCGACUACAGAGUGCCACAGGUUGAGAUUCGCGGUUGCUCCAUAUGGGCCGUCGAGCUUAUUCGACGCGUGCUCGUCAGCAAGAUACAAGAAGGCGAUUAUCUACCUGUUAACGCAAUUCUUAUUGACUUUUUCAUAUGGGAUUACGCAAAGAAAUAUCAGAGUGAAUUGCGUAUAAGAGCGCAUCGUACACGAUCGAUAUAUUAUUAA